CGUACUGUUUUGACGUUACACCAACAUGUCCAUGCCAGUCGGGUUGUCGUGAGUCUAUGACCGCUACGAUGAAAAAUUGUCAUUCGUGACUUUUGGAUGUCGGUGCCGUCGUAGAUGUAGCACCGCAUUAAAACAGACGGGUUUGGAGACAUUUUAAUCAAAACAAUGGCUCGGGUUGUGAAGGUGUUUCGGACUCUGCGGAAUCAUUGGAAGAAGUCCACAUUUGCUGUGUGCGUUCUGUCUUACGGAAGCUACUGGCUGUAUGGUAAACACUGUGACAGUGUCCUGCGGAGAGAGGCUUGUCUGGUGGCCAGGGAAUAUGGCCGUCAACAGAUAGCACCACAGGAGCGGCUGAGGAAAGCAACAGUGAUCUUGAACCCUGCAGCUUGUAGUGGAAAAGCCAACAAGCUGUUUGAAAAUAAUGCUGCUCCUAUUUUACACCUGGCUGGAGUGGAGAUUACAAUCAUAAAGACUGACUAUGAGGGCCAGGCAAAAAAGCUGAUGGAGCUCAUGGAACAAACAGACAUGCUGAUCGUGGCCGGAGGGGACGGCACCUUGCAGGAAGUCAUCACAGGGUUACUGCGAAGGCCAGAUCAGGACACAUUCAGUAACAUACCGAUUGGAUUCAUUCCACUGGGCUCUCACAAUUCCCUGAGUCCAAGUCUUCACCUCCUCAGCGACAAUAAGGUCAAAGACAUUACAUCUGCAACACUGUCUAUUCUGAAGGGAGAAACUGUACCUCUGGAUGUUCUACAAAUUAAAGGGGAGAAAGAGCAGCCCGUCUUUGCUCUGAUGGGACUGCGAUGGGGAGCUUUUAGAGACGUGGCUGCAACAAUCAGCAAAUAUUGGUAUCUUGGGCCACUGAAGACAAACGCAGCGCACUGGUUUAGUACUUUAAGGGAGUGGCCCCUGGUGCGGAACAUCACAGUGUCCUACACGGCUCCCAGCCUCAGGCCCCCUGACCAGCCCCCGCAGAAGCCCCCCAGGCCAAAUCUGCUCUACCGCAUCAUCCGCAGACUGAAAAACCGCUGGAGCCCGCCUGUCGAAGAACCUCCAAAAGUGGAAGAGCCAGAGCAGUGGGAGGAGCAGCAGCUGUCGACAUUAGAGCUGUUUGUCCAGACACACAACAAAAACCCUGUGGAGAGGCGUAUCAAUGAUUCCCUGAUGAUCUGUGCAGAGCCCAGCGAUUUCACUGUGGGCGAGUUCAUCACUGUCGGAAACAAAAAAGAAGAGGACUCAACUAUAUUCACUAAAAACUCCACAAAACUGGAGGCCAGUGCCUGUCGGCUGCAGCUACCAGAGGGCGCCGCUGGUUUCUAUAACAUCGACAACGAGGAGUACGAGGCCAUGCCUGUGGAGGUAAGGCUGUUGCCACGGAAACUACGCUUCUUCAUCAACUCAGAGCGCAGGGAGCAGCUCCUCUCUCCGACGCAGUGAUGAGAAAACAUAAAACCAGAAAGAAGACGAGAACAGCGGGGGGAAAAAACUGCCUCCAAGAGAGAGACAAAAGAAGCAGACACCAUGAAACUCUGAGUUCAUUCUGAAAACAGAUUCCUGCUUCGCCGUCAGCUGUAAACGAUCAUGAUGCACUGAUGGUUUGAACAUGUUUUAACUACAUACAAACAUAAAAUAUUCUGUUAUUUUAAACAGUUAUGAACAGGAUUAAAUCACAGGCUGUUGUAUGUGAAAGGACCAAGACUGUUUCUCUAAGCUAGUAACACAUGUACAGGCUGUCUUACAAAAGGACUUAAUGUUUACUGAAUUAUUUACUAUUGACAUAAUAUCCAAACUUGGUCAAUAAAAUAAUGUCUGUCCAAUUCAACACAA